AGGUCAGCGAGUUUGAGGGAAGACCGAGCGCGGCUGCCGCCGACAUGUCCGAGGAGCCGAGCGGCCUGCCGUGGUCCAUCAAUAGGGACGACUACGAGCUGCUGGAGGUGAUCGGGAGUGGAGCAACUGCUGUGGUCCAAGCAGCAUACUGUGCCCCUAAGAAGGAGAAAGUGGCAAUCAAACGGAUAAACCUUGAGAAAUGUCAGACCAGCAUGGAUGAGCUCCUGAAAGAAAUUCAAGCCAUGAGUCAAUGUCACCAUCCUAAUAUUGUGUCUUACUAUACAUCUUUUGUGGUUAAAGAUGAGCUCUGGCUUGUAAUGAAGCUGCUAAGUGGAGGAUCUGUUCUGGAUAUUAUCAAGUACAUUGUGGCAAAGGGAGAACACAAAAGUGGAGUCCUAGAUGAACCUACCAUUGCUACAAUACUCAGAGAAGUGCUGGAAGGAUUGGAAUACUUGCAUAAAAAUGGGCAGAUUCACAGAGAUGUGAAAGCUGGAAAUAUUCUUCUUGGAGAAGAUGGCUCAGUACAAAUUGCAGACUUUGGGGUUAGUGCUUUUUUAGCAACUGGUGGUGACAUUACCCGAAAUAAAGUGAGAAAGACCUUUGUGGGCACUCCUUGCUGGAUGGCACCAGAAGUUAUGGAGCAGGUCCGAGGCUAUGAUUUUAAAGCUGACAUCUGGAGUUUCGGGAUCACAGCCAUCGAACUGGCCACAGGGGCCGCUCCUUAUCACAAGUAUCCUCCAAUGAAGGUUUUAAUGCUGACAUUACAAAAUGAUCCUCCUUCUUUGGAAACUGGUGUUCAAGAUAAAGACAUGCUGAAAAAAUAUGGGAAAUCAUUUAGAAAAAUGAUUUCAUUGUGCCUUCAGAAAGAUCCAGAAAAAAGACCAACAGCAGCAGAACUGUUAAGGCACAAAUUUUUCCAGAAAGCAAAGAAUAAAGAAUUUCUUCAAGAAAAAAUACUACAGAGGGCACCAACCAUUUCUGAAAGAGCUAAAAAGGUACGGAGAGUCCCGGGUUCCAGUGGCCGCCUUCAUAAAACAGAAGAUGGUGGCUGGGAGUGGAGUGAUGACGAAUUUGAUGAAGAAAGUGAGGAAGGAAAAGCAGCAAUUUCACAACUAAGAUCGCCUCGAGUAAAAGAGCCAUUAAAUUCUGAGCUCUUUCCAACAGCGGAUCCUGUGGGGACUUUACUCCAAGUUCCAGAACAGAUCUCUGCUCAUCUACCUCAGCCAGCGGGGCAGACACCUGCACAGCCAACUCAAGUCUCUCUCCCACCCCAAGCAGAGCCAGCAAAAACAACUCAGACUCUUUCUUCAGGAGCAGUUUUGCAAGAAACCAAGAUCCCAAUUAGUCUGGUAUUGAGAUUAAGGAAUUCCAAGAAAGAACUAAAUGAUAUCCGCUUCGAAUUUACUCCUGGGAGAGAUACAGCAGAGGGUGUCUCUCAGGAACUCAUUUCUGCCGGCCUGGUCGAUGGAAGGGAUUUAGUAAUAGUGGCAGCUAAUUUGCAGAAAAUUGUGGAAGAGCCUCAGUCGAAUCGAUCUGUCACUUUCAAACUGGCGUCUGGUGUUGAAGGCUCGGAUAUUCCUGAUGACGGGAAGCUAAUUGGAUUUGCCCAGCUCAGCAUCAGCUAAGCCACAGUCCCAGAAGAGGCAGCCUAAGGAGAUUCCACACACACAUGUCUCUGUUGCUUCUGUUGGCCUAAGCCCACUACUGCCAAAGAACCCAGCCACCAACCUCCCUGGCUAGCAGCACUAGAGGUCUGUCUUUAUGUUCUCCCGUCAUCACUGUCCCUCGCUUCCCGACGGAAAGAAAAGUUGGAUCGCCGGUAGCCAGCAUCCCCUGGAAGAGUUCCGUUAGUAAACUCACUGCCCAUGUCCCCUCUCUCCGUCCAUCUGAGAUGUGGCCUGUGAGCCACAAGACCCCGGAGGGAGACUGUCAGCUCAGUCUUGCCUUGCUCCAACGACAGACCUGGACGGGAAGGAGCAGCUGGUUCGUGUUCUUCAUCGGCCUGUUGCCCCACACCACACCUGCUGGGACUCGGGCUGCUUGGGAUAGCUCCUGACCAGAGAAUUUAAUUUAGUGUGACUUUCUUUGUACCUGAUGUGAAUUCUGGCAACCUUUGUGAGGAAAAAAGCACAGCCUCAGAUGGAGGCAGCCAGCGUAUACUGUCCUCCUGCUCCUGUCCUUCCUGAGCGUGUUGCUGAGGCUGCCUCAGGUACCCCUCUUCUCCGUUGCUCCCGCCAGGAGGAAAGGGUUGCUCGCCUUAACUUCAGCUGGUGCAAAACAUCUGACAGCGGCCACCUUCAGCCUCCACAUCAUCAGAGAGGACCUGGGGACUGUUUUUAAGGAAGUCAUGGAGUAAUGACUUCUAAGGGUGAGUUUUCCUAGAGGUGAUUUCUGAACAAGAAGAAUCACAACUCGUAUCAUGAGUAGAGUCUUUUCAACUCUUUAAGAAUGAGACUGGGAGAUACGUCCUCCUCCAUCCUCCCACGGAAACGAGUUUGCCUGGCCUCCACGUCAUGAGGAGACAACGGGGUGCAGAGCUCGGCUUCCUACAGCAAUAAAGGAGGUGCUGCCUCUGUCCUCUCCUGCACUGACCCCGGGGAGGGGGCCACACUGUGUGCGCUGACCCUGGCUCUGGGGAGGGGGAACCACAUGUGCCCUGACCUUUAGGGUUGAUGAGUAGACAGUGUUCAUUUGAUUUUCUACAGAAAUAAUAUAAAUUAUUCUUUAGGUUCAAAUAAGAGCACUCUUAUGCAAUAUGUGAAUCAUCAA